GAGCUGCACGUGUGAUUUCUCGUGGCCUGUUCCGUUCGGAAUGGGGCGUUCGGGCAAGCUGCGGUCUGGCUCUGCCAGUAAACUCAAGCGCUGGCGCAAGGGGCAUAGCAGCGACAGUAACCCGGAGGGGAGACGCUACCGCCUGGCUGCCCGGGGUCGCUUGCUCGCUCCCCGAUCCGAAAACAGUAACCUUACUGAGGGUGCUUUGAAACUGCACAAUGAACUGCAGUCAUCAGGACCCCUGCCUGCCUUACGGGAUGGGGAAGGGAGUCAGCUGCGCAUGGAGGAGGAUGACAAUGCCGAAACUGCUAAGACCCACAGAUCUUCAGCCACUUUCCUGAGUGGACUGAGUGACUGCACCAGCCUCACCUUCAGUAAAGUGCAACGUUUCUGGGAGUCCAACUCUGCUGCUCACAAGGAGAUAUGUGCAGUAUUGGCUGCUGUCACCGAGGUGAUCCGAGCACAGGGUGGCGUAGAGAGUGAGACAGAGUAUUUUGGUGCAUUGAUGACUACGCUGGAAGCUGUGGAAUCUCCAGAGUCCCUGGCUGCUGUUGCUUACCUGCUGAAUCUGGUGUUGAAGAGGGUACCAGGUCCUGUGCUGAUCAAGAAGUUCUCUGAUACAUCAAAGGCCUUUAUGGGGAUCUUAGGCUCCCAAGCCUGUGGAGACUCCACCUCGGCCCUUCGCUGGGUGCUCUCCUGCCUAGCUACAUUGCUGCGAAGACAGAACCUGGUAGCUUGGAAUUACCCUGUGACGAUGCAAGUUUUUCAUGGCAUUCUCAGCUUUACUGUCCAUGUCAAGCCCAAGGUUCGCAAGGCUGCUCAGCAUGGUGUUUGCUCCAUCCUGAGAGGUAGCGAAUUCCUCUUUGGGGAUGGGGCUCCCUUGCAUCACCCAGCUGCAUCUUCUGCUGCCAAGUUCUGUGUGCAAGAGAUUGAGAAAGCUGGAGGUGCCAAAGAGGCCACAACCACUCUUCAUGUACUCACUCUGCUGCGCGACUUGCUGCCCUGCCUGCCUGCCCCAUCUGUCAAAUCUUGCUGUGAGACCCUCCUUCGAGUUAUGACCCUCAGCCAUGUGCUAGUAACAGCAUGUGCUAUGAAAGCUUUCCACAGCCUCUUGGUUACACAGCCGCCCCCAUCCUGCCUGCCAGCUGAACUCAAUGCCCAGAUCAUCAUGGCCCUAUAUGACUAUUUACCCAGUGAAAAUGACCUGCAGCCUCUGCUGGCCUGGCUAUCUGUCAUGGAGCGGGCACAUGUCAAUCUGGCAAAGCUGCAGUGGGAUCUUUGCUGGGCUCACCUUUCCCGCCUCUUCAGUGCGGCAAUGAACUGCUUCCUUUCUCCUCACACACAGGUGGCGGCGGCGUCUGCUCAAACCCUAAAGGUCUUGCUCAAUGAAUGCGUGGGCCCCCACAUGGCAGAGCUGGGGCUGGUUUCCUCUGCCACCCCCUCUGGACCAGCUGCGCACGUCUGCAAGAUGUUCAGGGCAGUGGAAGAGGGCUUGACAUACCGGUUCCAUGCGGCAUGGGCCUCCGUGUUGCAGGUUCUGAAGACUUUCUUUGAAGUGUGUGGGCAUCAGUGCCACCUCACCAUGUGUAAGUGCUUACAGUCCUUAGCUGAUUUGCGUGGCUCCCCACACUUUCCUCACACCGUGCUGCUCGACCAGACUCUAGGAGCUGCAGUGACCACUAUGGGCCCCGAGGUUGUUCUACAGGCUGUGCCCCUAGAUAUUGAUGGCACAGAGGAGACACUGGAUUUCCCCCGUAGCUGGCUCCUUCCUGUACUCCGAGACAGUAUCCGAGAUGCACCCCUUGCCUUCUUCUCCAGUUACUUCCUGCCACUGGCUGCCACUCUAAAACACAGAGCCACAGAGCUUGCUGAGGCUAAACGGCACUUAGAAGCCAAGAUCUACGAUACACUGCAGUGGCAGAUCUGGACCCUUCUGCCUGGUUUCUGUAGCCAGCCUACCGAUGUGGUAUCCUCCUUCAAAGGACUGGCACGUACUUUGGGCAUGGCCAUCAGCAAUCGCCCUGAUCUGCGGCUCGUCGUGUGCCAAGCUUUGCGCAGGCUAAUUAACAAAGGCUGUCAAACAGAGGCCGAGCGUGCUGAAGUUGGCCGUUUUGCAAAGAACUUCCUGCCCAUUCUUUUCAAUGCCUAUAGCCAGGAGGGUGGAGCCAGCGAAAGCCCUGUACAGCGGCGCUCUGUGUUGGACACUAUCCGGGCCUACUUGACUGUGACAGAGCCAGAGAUGGUGCGUGCUUUCCUAGAGAAAGCUAGUGAGAAACUGAUCAGCUCUGAUAGUUCAGAGUUCACUAGGCUUUCUGUGUUGGACCUUGUUGUAGCCAUGGCCCCUUAUGCAGAUGAGCCAUCUCUGCACGAUCUCUAUAGCACCAUCCAGUCCUCCUUACAGAACAAAGACCACAGGAUACAGAAGAAGGCUUAUCGGGUGCUGGAGGAAAUAUGUGCCUCUGACAGGCCUGCCUGUCAGAACUUUGUUAGAAGUCAUCUGGAGGAGCUACAGAGUGCCCUACUAGGCUCUUUGCCCAGUGCCACCUCACCUGCCAAGAGGCCCCGUUUGAAGUGCCUCUUCCAUGUUGUCAAGCAGCUCGCAGUGGAGCAUGAGGAUUUCGUUACUGCCCUGGUGCCAGAGGUCAUACUCUGCACCAAGGAGGUGUCGGUGGGUGCCCGCAAGAACGCUUACAACUUACUUGUAGAGAUUGGUCAUGCUUUCCUGCGCUUUGGCCCCACACCAAACGAUGGAAUGCAGCGUUAUCUCCUCCUGGUCUAUGCGGGCUUGACCGGUUCAGUCACCAUGAUCAGUUGCACGGUGCUCGCUCUUGCCCGUUUGCUCUUUGAGUUCAAAGAACACGUUGGGUCAGAUGCCCUGGAGCAGCUCAUGCAGCAUGUGUGCCUCAUGGUAGGCUCACGGACGCGGGAUGUCGUCAAGUCAGCUUUGGGCUUCCUCAAGGUCGCACUCUUGCUCCUGGACACAGCAUUGUUGAGUCGGCACUUGGAGACCAUGUUAGAAGCCAUAGGAGGAUUGACAGACGACAUGAGACGCCAUUUCCGCAUGAAGCUGCGAAACCUCCUCUCCAAAAUGAUCCGCAAAUUUGGGUUUGAGCCUUUGCAGGCUUUGCUUCCUGAGUCGUAUCGCAAGGUGCUGUUGAAUAUCCGCAAGGCUGAGGCAAGGAACCGCAAGCGGCAAGCUUUGAAACGGGCAGCAGCCACUUCUGUAGAAGAAGGAGGACCAUCGCAACGACCCAUGGGGGAGAGUAUGGAGGAGGUCCUGGCAGACUCUGACUCUGACCUUGAAGGUGACAUCAAGCAGCACAAAGGAAAAGAAACCAGGAAAGUGCUACGGCAACAAAGCCAGGCUUGGCUUAAGGAGGGAGAAGGCGAUGAGCCCCUCAACUUCUUGGACCCUAAUGUGUCACAAAGGGUUCUGGCUACCAAACCAGGCACGGGCCAGGCUGCUAAAACCAGCCAUGACUUCAAGGUAUCAGCUGAUGGUCGUCUCAUUAUAUGUGAAGAGGAGGAGGAGGAAGAAGAAGGGGCUAAAGGAGUGGAUGAAGAGAUGGCAGAUCUUAUGCAGGAAGUCGGGAUCCGAAGUAAAAAGGCUCAAAAGCGCAGAUUCUGGGAAGAAGCAGUUGAUCUGGGCACUGAUGCAAAACCACAGUAUAAGGCUGGAGGUGUUGGAAUCCAUCGGCCUAUUGGCAAGAAUGCAGCACCUAGGCAAGCAUACAAGGCAAAGAAAGGCAAAGGUGAUAUCAAGAAGGGCCGCCUGGAUCCUUAUGCCUACAUCCCACUGAACAGAGCCAAACUUAACAGAAGGAAAAAUGCAAAACUUCAGGGACAGUAUAAGGGCCUGAUGAAGGGGGCCCAGCGUGGUGCCCAGGCAGGCAAGAGGCAUCGUAAGAAGCAGCCCCAUGUCUGAAGAAGACAGAUCCCCUCGAAAUUCCUCUGGGCUGCAGAUCCUGUCAAGGCAACCUGACUCUGGAUCUGGUUGCUGCCACAUCACAACCUGAGCUGCUCUUUGGAAGUGGAAUGAGACCACUAAUUCCACACAGUUGCAGUGUAUACUUUUCUCAGCUAAAAAAUGGUGAAGAUGUGUAUUCUAGCCAAGACUCCCUUCUACUAUUUAUGGAGCUUCGCAGUAGGGCUCUUCUCACCAGAUGCUACUGCCAUGUUUUUUUGCACAACUAUGUGUUCUUCAUCUAGCCUUGAACUUGGUGCAAGAGAGAGAAGUGUAAUGAACUUCCGAGUAAUAAAUGCAACCAAUGGAAGUUGGUUGUGUAAAAGCU